CCACAAUGAUACAAGGCAUGGAUACGGUGUCUAUGUGAAGAUUUAGUUCUACAUGAGCUUCAAUUAAGUAUACGGAAUAUGCAGUUCUGUAAGGCUGUAACUAAAUAUGCUCUUCUAAGUUCAGCCAUAAAGUAAAUAAACUACGAGUUCACUAAAAACUCAGAUAUAAAAAUAAACAAAACAAGCCGGCUUACAGAUGCAAUAAGCGGACAUUGCGCGCUCCGCUGCACAGUUGCAGACACCUCGCCGCAACCCUAGCGCCUAUAAAACCUUGUCACAGUGAUAUUGUCACGAUACUUUCUUACCGGCGCCAGUGAGACACACCGAGCAUCGACGCACCCGCCAGUCACAGCCGCUUUGGGUUUACACCCAAUCUCAAACAUGACUAAGCUCAGCUAUCUGUUAUUGGUCUGGGCAAUAUGCGAGUGUGUGCUCAGUGAAGAUGACAAAAACUCCUUCGUCGACACUUACGAAUUCUCGCCAGUAUUUGGAUCCGGGCCGCUCUCGCUAGCCUCUAGUCCAGUGUCGUCUCAGAUCCUGCAGCUAGACACGAGCCAGUACCCGCAGCACUUCGACACGGUCGUCAGCAGCUCCAUCGACUCCAUACAGAAGCGCGCCGCGCCCAGGGACCGCUCCUUCUCUCCUGAACGAUUCGGGUUCAACCCCAUCGCCAGCCAGGCGUUUCUGUCCACCGUAAAGCCCAAGUCUCCGCCACCGCGGCCCCAGCAAUAUCGCGAGCCCGCGCCGCUGCAGUACAUCCGCGUGCCGUUACAGUACGACAUCAAAACCGAACACGACCCCGUCUACAAAAUCUACAAGACCGAGGAGAAUGGCCAGCAAGAGAUCCUGUCCAGUCUGAAGCAGAACCCGGCCGUGUCGUCCUACUUCAAGCCGGGAGCGAUCAACGCGGAGGUCUCCCACCCCGCGACCUACCGGCGCGACGCGGACGACAACUCAGAGAGCGUCGAGAACUACAGGCCCAAUGCUUACGUUGCAGGAGCGGGGCGCAUCCGCCGCUACUCGGACGGCAGAAAGAGACAGCACCGGCGCGAGAGCAGCGAUGAAGAAGACUCGGCGGAGGAUACCGACCAUUAUAGGGCAGAGUACGUCGCCAAGCCCAAGGCCUUCGACAGCGAGCUCUACAGCGGGGACUACAAGGAAGACAAAGAGAAGGAAGAUGAUAACCCCUACGACUACGACUCGGGCUACGACCACAAGGAGUACGAGCGGAUCAAGGACCUGUCGGAGAAGCAGGCGGCAGAGAUCAAGCAGAACAAGGGCAACUGCGUAGACGUGGUGAAGGACGGCAUGCGUUGCACCACGUGCAAAGAUAAAAAGACUGGCGGCAACUUCGAGUCCUGCUCGUACGUCGCCGAGCCCAAGAAUAACAAGUAUGCGUACUCGAAGGAGCGGAAAUUCGACAGCAACGAUGAGCCUGAGGGCGAGCCCGCGGCGGAGGAGGAGCCGCGCGGGGAGGGGCGCCGGGACAGCACCGCGCCGCAGAAGUUCGCCAAGCUGUCCUCAGCCCCUGAACAAGACUCUCCUGACUCCACAGAGAAAUACCAACGGUACUACUCCGACUCCCCGCAACAAGACAGCGAGCGCGCGCAGGCCCGCGACGACGACGCAUCGGAAGAAAAAACCUCCGACGAAAGCCUAACAAAACCUUACAACUACAAGCAAGCGCUCCCCGGCUUCUACUCCGACAACGAGCCCAAAAAAGACGUCGAACACGUUCUCGCAGAAUUCAAGAAGAAGGACCGAUCGUCCUGCAAGAAAGUGCAGAAGAACGGCAUGACGUGCUUCCAGUGCAUCGACAAGUCGGGGCAGAAGAACGAGGAGUGCAUGUACGUGUCGGAGUCCGCGCCACAGAGGAGCCAUCUCGCCUACCAGGAGCUCAAGGAGUUCACCUCCCGACCCGCCACGCUCAGCGGAAACGACGAGGCUGAGAGCAGGAUUGUCACGACUAAUGCACCGCUGCCGUUGAAAUCGGCGGCGUAUGUGGCGGCGAAUGACAGUUAUGGACGGAAGUUGAAGAGGAAGAAGGCAGUGGCGGUGACGGCCGCGCCGGCGCCCGCGUCGCCGCUGCGUGUGAGGAAGGCUCGCAGUGUGGAGGAUGAAGAAGCGGAGGCGCGCGCGGCUAUUAUAGAUGAGGCGCCCAUCGCGCCGCCCGAGGAGUUCGCGGGGGACUCGUCGAAGGCCGCGUUCUGGGCGGAGACGGCGCCGCGUCAUAGUGGUGCGCUGGGGGUCACCCUGCCGCGGUACAUGCUCGCGCGCUCCGAGCAUGAAGCCGCGUUUGAUGAGACCGUCGCCGGCGCAUAGACACACACAAGGCUGAGAGAUGUUAUCGAAGUGUAGCAAAGUUUGAGUUACGAGAUGACCUAUAAAGAUGCAGGUGUCAGGUUUAAAUGUAGAUCGAUUAUUGGGAACGUUAGCCAACAUAAACAAUGUUAGUAGAGCGUAUCCGUGGUAACGCUGCAUUAUAAGAUAAUCGUGGACAAAAGGCGGCGCGACUGUUGCGUAAUUAGAUGUCACACUUGAGCGAGCUGCAAAUCAGCCAUAAAAUAUUUCAAAACAAACCAUGGAAAGCUGCCUAAAUGGUUAUUUGUAAAUCACCAAAGUUGUAAUCUCGUUAUUUAGGUAAUGUGCUGCGUUGGGCAUAUUUAUUGUGUACUCUAUAGCUAUUGUAGCACCCGCUAUAAGAAUGUACGAGUUUAAUUUGUUAACUAGUUUUAGAAGAAAUAAAAAGGUAAAUAUUUAUCUGA